CGCCGUCCCCUCAAUUUUCAACAAUUAAUCUCUUCCCCAUCUCCGUUCCCAAUUUGCGAUUCUCUCUCCUCUCAAAUAUCUUCCCCGUUCCUCUAUUCAUAAUCCAUAAUCGGAUUUCUCACCCUUUUAUCUCAAUCCAUAGCUCAAAUCGCGGAUGAAGAUUCAGCUGUGUGAUCGGAUAUUGAAGUUUUGAAAGGAAAAAUUGUCGGUAUAGUGGCCGGAGGAGAGUUGAGCUUUGCGAGCUUCAGCUGCCAUGGGUGAAGAAGUGGAACUCGGUGACUACGACGGUGUCAGCGCCGCCGGUGGGGAUGAGGAUAGGGUGAUGGAGUGGGAGGACGGUCUUCCCAACGCCGAUGAUCUAACUCCGUUGUGUCAGUCGUUGAUCCCUCCGGAGCUGGCUUCCGCGUUUCGGAUUUCUCCGGCGCCGUUUCGGACUAUGGUCGAUGUGAGUCGCGCGUCGAAGGUGACGUUUUCGUCGCUACAGGGAGGGCAGCCGCAGACGAUGAUGUCUACGAAUGAUUUUAAUUUUAAGGCGUUUGACGAGGAGGGGAACAGGGAGCAGAUGGUUACGGAUGACGAUACGGAUCUGACGAGGGAAGGAUCCGAUUCGAGGAAGACCCGGCGGAUUGAGUCCGGAGGUGGGGCGGAGGAGGCUGACUCGGCUUUGCGAAAUGAAAACUUCGGGGAGGACUCGUCUGCCAAGACUCUGAAGCGGGCGAGGCUCGUUUGGACGCCGCAAUUGCACAAGCGGUUUCUGGACGUGGUUGGACAUCUCGGUAUUAGUAAGGCUGUGCCGAAGACGAUUAUGCAGCUCAUGAACGUAGAGGGACUCACACGGGAGAACGUCGCCAGUCAUUUGCAGAAGUACAGGUUGUAUUUGAAGAGGAUGCAGGGGUUGCCAAACGAGGGGCCUUCGCCAUCUGAUCAUUUGUUUGCUUCCACACCUGUGCCACAGAGUUUGAACGAGUCUAGUGAGAGCGGUCACGGGAAUAGCCAUCAUAACAGCAAUGGUCACAUGGCGAUGCCAAUUCCGUUCCCAUACCCGCACCAAAUGGUGCCCAUGCCAAUGUUUGGCCACAAUGGGCAUAUAGGAGUUCCUGCGGGAAACCCAAAUGGUGCACCUUCGAAUGGUUUUCACCAUCAGUAUUAUAUGGGGCAGCAGAGUCAGUGGCCUGGAAACAAAUUUGGUGCGUAUCAUCAUGUUGCUACAACUGAGAAGUAACUGCUUUAGCUCUACUUGUCUGCAUUAAAAAGACAAAGAGAUGUUGGUCGAGCUUAAAUAAUCCAUGAAGACAUCAUAAGCUGAAUUCCAGAAAUUCAUCUGAUCAUAUUUGAUUUAAACAGAAGAAAGACAUCAGUUCCUGCAUACUUUCCCGUUGACCUGAAGCAGAAGCUUCCAAUAAAUCUUGUCUACUGGUUGCACUUUGUUCGUAUAACCUCCAACCUGUUGUUUCAUUGAUAAAAGGUGUGUGUUUUGUUUAUUGAUGACUAUUAAAACCUUCCCUUUCAGCAACAACUGAAGAUUCAAUAAUAGAUCUAAUCAAAUAUUUGUCAGUGCCUCUUCCCAAUUGGGUAUCUGAAGCUCUAUCCCUCUCUAU